AGCCAAGUCAAGUAUUACCAACAUAUUACCAAUUUUUGCCAGGCGUUUUAGUAGUAUUAUUUUCUGAAUUAUUUAUGAUUAUUUAAAAAAGAUGGCAAAAACGUAUGAUUAUUUAUUUAAAUUAUUAUUGAUUGGUGAUUCAGGUGUUGGAAAAACAUGUGUUUUAUUUAGAUUCAGUGAGGAUGCUUUCAAUACUACAUUUAUUUCUACCAUCGGUAUUGACUUUAAAAUCCGGACAAUUGAAUUAGAUGGAAAAAAAAUUAAGCUACAAAUAUGGGAUACUGCGGGCCAAGAAAGAUUUCGAACAAUAACAACAGCUUAUUAUCGAGGUGCCAUGGGUAUUAUGCUAGUUUAUGAUGUAACUAAUGAAAAAAGUUUUGAGAACAUUAAAAAUUGGAUUCGAAAUAUAGAAGAAAAUGCAUCAGCUGAUGUAGAGAAAAUGUUAUUGGGAAAUAAGUGUGAACUUGAUGAUAAAAGACAGGUUAUAAAAGAGAGAGGUGAACAGUUGGCAAUUGAAUAUGGAAUAAAAUUUAUGGAAACAUCUGCAAAAACUAGCUAUAAUGUUGAAGAGGCCUUUUUUACACUUGCUAGAGAUAUGAAAGCAAAGUUAGAAAAAAAAUUGGAAGGAAGUUAUCCUCCGAAAAGCGGUGGCACACAUAUGUUGAAAUCUAGUGAACCUAAUCGAAAGCCACCAAGUUGGUUGUCAAAAUGUUCAAUACUUUGACUAAUGAUAUGUAUAUAUAAUUGGGAAGCCUUCAUUUAAAAAAAAAAACCUAUUCUACACAAGUACGAUAUAAUGGCAAAUCACAUUUGUUAAUUGAGGAUUUUCAAUGGGCUAGCAAAUUGAAAAUCAUUGGGAUAUUAUGCAAGGGUUGGGUACUGAUAAAUGUGUAUUUUGCUAUUUUAAGCACAUAUUUUAGACUUUUAAAUGCAUUUUUGAUAAAUAAGGUAAUAUAUGGUGAAUAUUUGUUUUUGUCUAAAAUAAUUGAUAGUAUGAAUGUUGUACUUUUAAUAAAAAAUUAUUUAA